AUGGCGUUUGAAAACUCUACGCAACCUUCUAUGGAUGAAAUCCGUUUACUUCUCAUCGGUCCACCGAAAACUGGUAAAUCGUCUAUAGCAAACAUUCUUGCUGGCUACAAUGUAUUUCCAGUUGGUUCGUCAAGUUCAGUUGAAUCUGCGACGCCAACAAUGCAAUCAAGACACUUUACUAAUAAAAAAAUUCUUGUUGGUAAACAUCUACUCGUUGUCGAUGCUCCUCCUUUAUUUAUAUUAAAAGAUGCAACAUCAAAUGAAAAAGAUAUGAGACGGUUAGCUAAAUGUGUUGCACUUGUCAGUCCUGGCCCACAUGCAAUUUUUCUUAUACUUAGCUGUGAUGAUGCAAAAAAUGAGCGGUUCGAUAUGAAACAAAUUGUAACGACUGUUUUCGGUGCCGAAGCCCUCCGUCAAUCCAUUGUUGUUUUUUCAUUUAUUGAUCGUCUUGAAACGAAAGGUAUACCUGUACAUGAUUGGAUAAAUAAAGAAUGUAAGCAACAAGCAUUACUCGAAGCAUGCGGUCAUCGUUAUUUAGUUAUUGAUUCUUCUCAUAAUGAUCAAAAUAAGCAUAUAGAAUUUUUAAAUCGUUCGUUAACAAUGUUAAAUGAAUUGUGGAAAACUGAACAAAUUUUCAAAUCGAAAAUGUUUGAUGAUAUGGAACAAGAAAUACAACGACAAGAAAAAAAUCGUUGGGAUAUAUUUCAAAACAAAUGUGCAAAUAAUUUUCAUGGUUCCGAAAGCGCUCUACGUAUUCUCUUACGCGAACAUAUGCGCGAUGAACUUGAACGAGAACCAAUUUUAGCUGAAGCAGAUUAUUUGGUAGUCGAAAAAUAUCUACAACCCAUAGUAAAAUCUUUAUUACAAGAAGUCGAACGUUAUCUCGAAGAAGAAAUUGCUAGUACUUAA